CCUUGAUUCAACUGGGUCACGUCUUUUUCUUCGCUUCAUCAUCAGCACACAGAAUGGUUACCGACAGGCCUUCAACCCCGCCUCCUCCGGAGGAGGUUCAGCCUGGCCAACUUCCCCGUGGUCCUCUCACACCUGAACAAUUGCGCCGAAUAGAAGUCAACCGCAUGAAGGCAAAAGCUCUUCGCGAACAGCGCGAGUCUGAAUCAGCAGCUAAAACCACCACCGCAUCGUUAUCACAACCCAAAAUAUCCGGCGUGAAACGAUCGUUCAAUACCAUGACCUCCUCUCAAGGUCCCGCAACGGUGCGAGAUGCCGCAAACAACCGACCCCUAGAAAGCAUCAAACCUGCCCGCGCCUUCUCCAAAUAUGUUGAAUAUGAAUUCAGCAAAAUGACGGAUACAAAAGGUGGCUUUUUAACCCAGGAAGAUGACCCGUACAACAAAGCGCUCCACGUGGACGAUGGGAAAGAGAAAAAGCCGGAACACAUGACGCAAAAGGAAUGGGAGAGGAAAUUACUUAUUGAGGAUCUGAAACGGAACAAGACAGGUCCUUAUGAGCCUGGGAUAAGCCUGUUUGAUGACGAGGCGACUCAGAAGAGGUGUAGAGAGUGCGGUACUUUGGAGAUUGAUUUCAAGUGGGAAGAAGCUUUCAAGUGCUGCGUUUGUAGUGCUUGCAAGGAGAAGUUUCCGGAAAAGUACAGCAUGUUAACAAAGACCGAGGCCAAGGAGGAUUAUCUAUUGACGGACCCGGAACUCCGAGAUGAGGAGCUUCUUCCCCAUCUUAAAAAGCCCAACCCGCACAAGUCUACGUGGAACGAUAUGAUGCUCUAUCUUCGCUUCCAAGUGGAAGAAUAUGCGUUCUCACCGAAGAAAUGGGGCUCACCGGAAGCCCUCGAUGCGGAAUUCGAGCGAAGAGAGGUAGACAAGAAACGUCGAAGAGAGGAAAAGUUUAAGCAAAAACUGACCGAUCUCAAAAAACGAACCCGAGUCGAAGCCUAUCGUCGAAAUCGACAGGGACCUGCUGGUGGUAAUUUUGGUGACGAUCUAGGGGGUAAGAAGCGACAUGUACAUCAGUGGGGUCGGUUGGUAGAGAAUCCAGAGACAGGGAUGAGCGUGAAGACGUGCGUGGACUGUGGAAUGGAGGUUGAAGAAUUGGUGUUUUGAGACUGGACUUUAAAGGGUCGUCUAAUAUCUUGCAUUUGCCGUAUUAUACCCUAUUAUUAUAUGAGAGAUGAUUUAUGUAUUAUAGCGUAUUGAAAACCAGUUCUUGUUGCCAAAGACACAACCUCGUUUCUAGAAAAAACUGACUAUAGUGU